AUGCUUCUGCCUCAUGGCAACGUUGCCCUUGCUGUUAUGAUAAAACAACUUGCGCACCAACAUCCGCGAACACUGAUCGUCGAGGUGGGAGCUGGUUCUGGCGGCAAUGCAGAUGCAGUCCUAGAGGCGCUGGGGAACCGAUACGCGUCCUACACAUAUACGGACAUAUCUACCGGCUUCUUCGAAAACGCCCGCACCGUGUUCAGUCAGCACGGCAGCAAACUCGCCUCCAAGAUGCUCAAUGUCGACGACAUCCAACUAUGCAAAGGAGCAACUGUGCUCUGCCUUGGGGAUCUGGAUAACCCCGUGUUCCGCGACAUGCACCCGGGGAGAUUCAGGGGAUUGCAGAACGUCAUGGAGACAGCAGAAGUGGUUCUAUGGGUGACCUCGGGAGCCAAGGAAGGCUUGGAUCCCGAUGUCAACAUCAUUUUUGGACUAUCGAGCACGUUGCGGGCUGAGCGUUUGGGUCGCAGGCUUCAAUUCCUCGACACCGACAACCCUUCGUCUAUUGACCCGUCCAUGCUGGCCAAGAUGCUUCUCCGAGCCCGACUUGGGCCCAAAUCCACGGCCGUGGUGCUCGACGAGCGCCAGGGGGCUUUCGAGCUGCAUGCAGUUCCCGUUAGCACCGGUGCGGGAGACAACGCCCUCGCUCUUUCGGAUGAAGACAGAGUCCAAUCAAGUCUUUGUCCCCCGUAUGACGCCCUUGAGACUGGUGUGUAG